GACCCCUCGCACGGUCACAUUGCAAAGAAAUUGUAAUUUUAGAGAAUUAUGGAAAUAGUUGCUGCUUAUGUGUUGCAUAUUUCAGCAGUGCGCAACUUUUGAGCAGCGUUGCGAGUGAGUUAAAUCCUGGCAUCACCAAAUGCUAGGGUUAAAGCCCAGCAAAAUUGUUGAUAUGCAUACUUCCCCUGCAGACCACAAAAUCUGGCUUUAAGCGGCAAGGUCGUUUCUGUACAGCAGUAUGGAUGCGAAUGUAAAUCCCCUGGCCGUUAUCCUCGGUUACUUUGAUAGCAAGGGUGACCGUCUGCUCUACAGGUAUCCCUACCAGACACUAGGCCAAACGGAGGUGGCCAGCGAGGAGCAGCGCAAGUCCAGAAAGCGAAAUCCUUUUGCUGUGGCCCAUGUAGACGACCUACUGCAGGCGCCGACGCAGGGACAAGGACAACUACAGGGAUUCGCAGAUGAGGUGCUGUUGGCACUGUUUGCGGUGAAGCCGCAGCUUUGCAAUCAGAAGUUUGAGCUCAAGCUGAACGAUGUACGCUUUGUAAGCCACCCGACUCUGAUUCCUUCUUCAACCACGGCUGCUGCCAAAAAACAACAGAUGCUCAUCAACAUUGUGUUUGCUCUGCACGCCCAGGCCAGCUAUUCGAUCGUCAAGUGCUACCAUGAGCUGAGCAAGCGCCUGGGCCUGGCGUUAAAGUUCGAAGAGCAGCGCUGCGGCUACCUGACUGAGCAGACAGCGUUAAUGGCACGCACCCAUGACGAGCAGCAGCAACAGCCGCUGGAACGCACUCUUGAGCUAAUUGCGGAACGGUGCACCUUGGCGCAGGCUCUGCGCUCCAUCUUUCAUGAUCUGUGCACCACCGGGUUGCUGAGCACCUCGCUGAACGACAAUUUAACGCUCUGCUUCUGCCUGCCGGCCAAGGCCCAUCAGUUGCAUAAGAAGGGCAGCAUGGUGGACCCGGAGACUAUUGACCGCUGUUUAAGAGCGCUGAAGCCAUACCAUGGGAUGCUGCUACUGGUGGACUUUGCCGAGCUACUAGACUGCGUCCCACCGACGGGGGCACGUAUGCUGUGGCAGCUGGUCGAUGCUUACAACCCGUUGAUCAGCCUACAGAGCAUGGCCUCCAAUGCCGACCUGAGCAUCGAGCAUGUGUACAAGCUUGUGUCGCAUCUGGUGUAUUGGGCCAAGGCCACUAUCAUCUAUCCCCUCUGCGAAACGAAUGUCUAUGUGAUUGCUCCAGAUGCCCCGCUGCACACGAAGUCCCAUUUGGUGGAGAAGUUCUCGGCUCGCUUUGCCGGCAUGUCUCUGUUCGAGGUGAUCUCGGACUUUUCGCUGCCCACGUCCAUUGGCCAUUUGACGACGCCACUGCAGCAGCCGGCGCGGCAGGGAAUUCUCGCCCAAAUGGUUAUCUGGAUGCUGCAGCACCAUUUGCUCAUGCAGCUGCACACCUACGUUCAGUUCAUGCCCAGCGAGGACGAGUUCGGUGACUCUGCGUCUUGCAGCAAUCAGCUGCGUGAGGCCGCCAGCGACGACGAGGAUGCAGAAGAGGAGGAGGAUCAAGAGCAUGAUCCGGGCGGAUCAAUGCUGAGCAUGUCCAGCCAGCCACUGCCCGUUCCAACGGUUUCUAUCGGCAGCCAUCGACGUGACGUUUCCGAAGACCAAUCCUCGCUGGCCUCCGACAACAUAGUUGUGCAACCAUCUUCCAGCCAUAAAUCGAACUUCAGCAUCACAGCCUCGAUGAGCACGGAUAACUGCGACAGCCUGGACUCCAUGGAGGACGAACAAAAGCUUAAGGAGCUCCUGCAUGUGUUCAGCGAUGCCGAUCGAGCGGCCAUCCGUCGAAUUCCUGCCUCCGCCAAUGUCGACGAUCUGUCGCUGUUAGUGAAACUCUAUCAAAUGGGCUACUUUAAGAGCGAACACCACCUGGAGGAGAUCAUGUACUUUGAGAAUUUGCGGCGCUCCCAGCUGCUGCAGCUGCUGGACAAAUUUCGCGACGUGCUGAUCAUCUACGAGACCGAGGAUCCGGCAAUUGCCUCCAUGUACAACACCAAGUAGAUCGCUCAGCGAGUUCUGCAUUCCGCGCAAAGUAGUCUAUAUCUGUUAUACAUAUAUUAUU